AAAAGUUUCUCUAUAAUUACACAAAAUUGUAAAUUUUGAAGUGAUAAUUGCCUUCUCAAAUGUACUUCAGGUGGGUUUAGUAGCUGAAAUGCAAGAAAUAGACUGUGAAUUAGAAAUAGGUGGAACUCUUCAACAGAAGAUUACAAAUUGUCUGAACGUUCUCGACGGUUUUUUGAAACAGAAAAAACAUGCCAUAUUAUCCAGUAUGGUGGUUGCUGAAAAACGUGGUGUGGAUUACGGUGACAAUAUUGUUGAUGCUGUGAUAAGUAUUUUGGGUGUCAGUAGUUCGAAAAUGGUGAGUCAUCAUGCAACUUUGGCUGAACUAGGAAUGGACAGCAUGACAGCAGUGGAAAUAAAGCAGACCCUGGAAAGAGAAUUUGAAGUAUUUCUGAGCGCGAAAGACAUGAGAACUAUGACGCUGGCUAAGUUGAAAAAAAUUCAGGAGGACAGGAGUGCUGAGACAGGCGAACAAAUAGAAAAACCUUCCACGAAUUUUCCUAUGGACAUGAUUUUCAGAAUAUAUGGCGAUGAAAAGGAAUUAACACAUACUUAUCUUCAGUUCGAAGCAGACGAGAAGAAAAAUGUGUCGUCCACUGUUAUUCUUCUUCCUGGUAUUGAUGGAUUUGCAAGAGUGUUCGAAACUAUGGCUAAGAAUUUGGACUAUCGAUCAAUUGCCUUACAAUAUACAUAUAGGGAAAAACCGGAAAGUGUUGUAGAGAUGGCACAGUUACUGAUACCGGCAAUAGAGGAACAAAUAUCUCGUGGAAAACAUUUCACCAUCGUAGCAUAUUCAUUCGGAAGCGUUAUAGCUUUGGAAGUCGCCAAUAUUCUAGAAUCGAAGAAUUACAAGGGGACCCUCAUUUUGAUCGAUGGUUCACCUGCAGUUGCUAAACAAAUGUUCACUGAAAUAAAUGCGGAAUCUGCAGAAAUUCUGGAAACCUAUCUCCUAAGUCAUCUGUUGUCAUUUUAUCUUCCUUCAUCAAGUGUCACACAACAUCAGGAGAAUCUGCUCAAAUGUCCAUCGUGGGAUGCCAGAGUCGAGAUGGCCAGCAACUUGGUUGGAGACCGAGCAAGCUACGGAAUAGCCAGUCGAAAACUAUUUGCUAACGGUAUAUAUAAUAGAGUGAAAGCAGUGGGCACGUAUACACCAUCAUACAAUAAAGUGAAAUCUACAGUGAAAUUGUUCAAACCAUCCGAGACGAACAUUCGUGGUUACGAUGAAGAUUAUGGUUUAAGUGGUAUUUGUGAACAACCAGUGGAUAUAAGAGUUUUUGAUGGAAACCAUGUGACGAUUCUAGAUAAUUUGAAGCUUGCGAGCACUUUGAAUGAGUUGAUUAAUGCCAACAACCUAUUAGAUGGAAGCCAGAACUGAACAAUAUUCCGUACUGAAGCUGACAUUUUUCAUUACACCGUGAACUUUUAUUUAGUGAUGUUACGUAAUUUUCCUUCAUUAUUGCGUUCAAGGUAAACAUCACUUGUGGUGUUUUUGUUUUUAAAUGUCGUGAGUCGAAUUGGAAACAAUCGAAUGCAUUGAUAUACUGCUUUAAUUCAAUUAAUUCUCUGUAACUUACUCUUUCAUGCUCUUCAUGUUCAUGAACAUCUAUAGUUGCUGGACUAAUCUAUAUUCUUUCAUUUUUCGAAAGAAUUAUGUCAGUGUCCGAAUUUUUGUUUUGUACUCCUAAGUCAUAGAACACUUCCUCGUUGAAUUUUCAUUAUUAUCAAUCAGGCAAUCUUCGGCUAGUUGUAUUUGGAUCGUGACUGAUAUUUCCCGUUUUGUAGACAAUGUUUCAUUUCAUGAAUAAAGUUAAAUUUGUAUUUU